AUGGUGAACAACAAUGACGACAUUCCAUUGUCCGCCAUAGAUGGCAUCACGCCAAAUGGAAGGAAUAUUUUAGAUGGUGUGCUAAUAGCUAAUGAGGUUGUUGAGGGUUGGAAGAAGACCAAGAAGAAGGGUGUGCUCAUUAAGUUGGACUUUGAAAAAGCAUACGACUCCAUUAAUUGGGGUUUUCUAUUUGAUAUGUUUUCUAAAUUUGGGUUUGGAGCUAAAUGGAUUAAUUGGAUGAAGGAGUGUGUUACAACUGCAAGGGUAUCGGUACUUGUCAAUGGAUCCCCUACUGAAGAGUUUGUGGAUGACUCACUUUUAUUCAGUGAAGCAGAAGUGGAGGAGGUGAGGAAAUUGAAAAGGGUGCUAAGGUGCUUCGAAAUCAUGUCUGGGUUGAAAAUAAACUUUCAUAAGAGCGUUAUAUGUGGUGUAGGUGUUUCUACGGAGGUGAUCAAUGAAAUGGCUACAGUCCUAAAUUGUAAAGUAAAAUCUUUGCCACUUACCUAUUUAGGGUUACCACAAGGAGCUAAUCCAAGGAGGAAAGCCACAUGGAAACCAGUAGUGGAUAAAGUGAGAAGUAAGCUUGCGGGUUGGAAGAGGAAGAUGCUAUCUUUUGCGGGGAGGUUAAUUCUUGUUAAAUCAGUAACUUCAGCUUUGCCAGUAUUCUAUUUGUCAUUGUUUAGGAUGCCUGAAGGGGUUGCUAAAGAGCUGAAGAAGAUUCAAGCUAAUUUCUUAUGGGGUGGCUCUGAAUUGAAAAGGAAAAUUCAUAUGAUCAAGUGGGAGGACAUGUUGAAAAGUAUGGAUGAAGGUGGUUUGGGAAUUAGAAAUUUGAGGGUUGCAAACAAGUGCUUACUAAUAAAGUGGUGGUGGAGGUUUGGUAGUGAAAAAGAUACUUUGUGGAGAAAGGUAAUUUGUAGUAGAAAUAGGUUGGAGUUGGCUAGUUGGAUUCCAUCUCUAAUUCCUUCCAAUAGUUACUCACCAGUUUGGAAUGGAAUUAUCUCGGUUGCUGAGCAGUGCAAUAGCUUAAAGGAGUAUUAUUUGCAUAACUUUAAGUUAAAAGUAGGGGAUGGGAAGAGGAUCAGGUUUUGGUCAGAUGUUUGGUGUCAAUCUGUGUGUUUGAAAGAUGAAUUUCUAACUUUUAUAGGUUAUCUUUGGGAAAAAAAGGAGCCCUUGAGAGUCUUGGUUGAUAAGAGGACCUCAACAGGUGAUUGGUCCUUUGCUUUUAGAAGAGAACUUUAUGAAUAG